UACACAAAGCCAUGCUUCCUUGUAAAAAUAUCUACCGUUGACAGUGCAGUGUUAUUUUAAGUUGAAAAGGAUUUCCGUUAUUCAUAAUUAUUACAGAAUGCUGAUUAAAAUUAUUAUAGAUUGAGAGAUAUUUUAGGGAUAACAACUUACUGGAUUUGACGUAGGACCAAAUCAAAGGCAUUCACAAUGACAAAUUUUAGGAUCUACUUGUGUACUUGGAAUGUUGGAAACAAAUUUCCUCUCAAGAAAUUUGAUAACCUCUUGGGAUUUGAUUCACCCAACCUGCCUGAUGUAUAUGCCAUAGGACUACAAGAGGUCAAAGGUGGCACAGCGAGCAUUGUCACCAGUUAUGUUAUGGAUGAUCCGUGGACAUCAAAACUCACAAAAAUACUAAAUGGUCAGGGCUAUGUCAGGAUAAAGGGAGUCCGUUUGCAAGGUCUUGUUUUAACAGUGUUUUGUAAACGUCAUCAUCUUCCAUUUAUGACCAACAUUGAGUCAGAAUACACAAGGUCAGGAUUAGGAGGAUGGUGGGGUAAUAAAGGUGGAGUCAGUAUACGCUUUGAUGCAUAUGGUGUAAAUGUAUGUAUAGUCAACUCCCACUUAGCUGCUCAUCUGGAGGCUGUGGCUGAAAGGAUAGAGGACUACAGUAUCAUAGUGGAAUCACAGCAAUUUAGGGAGAAAGAAACACCAAGCAUUUUAGACCAUGACUAUAUUUUCUGGAUGGGCGACCUUAACUUCAGAAUAGAUGAUAUCCCAAGAGAUGAUAUUAUUCGGAUGAUUAAAAAUAAGGACCUGGAGUCACUGUGGUCACAUGAUCAGUUAACUAAGGCAAGACAGGAAGAACUUAUUUUAGUAGAUUUUGAAGAGGGCCCACUUACAUUCCCGCCGUCAUAUAAGUUUGAUCCAGGGACAGAUCACUACGAUACCAGUUCAAAGCACCGUAAGCCUGCCUGGUGUGAUCGUAUUUUGUGGCUGGUUCAUGAGGACUCCUUUGAAGGUUUCCAACUGGCAGCCAGACAGGAACACUAUACAAGCCACUCGGAAUACAAACUUAGUGAUCAUAAACCAGUCACUUCUGUCUUUAAUGUCAAGUUGUUAAAUAUAACAAGACCAGCUAUUCAGUUUGCCCCCAUCUUUUCCUGGAGUAAAGAUGGAAGUGCAACUUGUGUUUACAGUGUAGACAUGGGGGUGAAGACAUCAUCUUGGGACUGGAUAGGACUCUACAAGGCUAAUUUCAAGCACCUGUAUGACUAUGUGACCUAUGUCUAUGCCCCAGCACCACACGGUGAGCACACAGCUGUAGUGAGCAGGACAGUGAAGUUCAAGAAGUCCUCCUUGAGAUGUUCUCCCGGCAGCUACUGUCUCUGCUACAUCAAUGGGGACAAGAUGUUUGUCCGAGGAAUGAGCAAUGUCUUUAAGAUAAUUGAUGCAGAUUCUUCCUCAGAAGAUUCCUCUUCUCCAUCUUCAUCAUCUUAUGGAGGGGACGAGUCAGACAUAGACACUGGUGCUAACAAUGAGGAGACUGAUAUUUAAAACUGAGCUUGACUUACAGUACAUUGUACAUACAUGUAAACAUUGAUGACAUUUUUCCUACGGAAUGAAAUUCUAGUUCUUUCUGCCUGAUCACAGACCACAAAUGUACGUGCCUGAAUUUUAGUAAAAUUUGCACAAUUGUUAGCAUAUAUAUAUAUAUAUAUAUCAUGGGCCAAAAACUCACAAAUGUUGUUUUGAUUUUGUAGGGUUAUUUGUUUUUCCAGAUUUUUAAAAAAUCAUUUGUCACAACUCACUAAGUAUAUCAUGUGUAGCAAGGGAAAAGAUAUCUAUGAACAGCAUUUUAUGUCAGAUGUUAUGUUUGGAAAGAGAUAUACAUAUAUUUUUUGCCAGAAGAAAUGAACUCUUUCCAAAAUAGUCUCAGGUAAAGUUUUAGAUGAACAACAGCAUUACAGUAGAAUAUUUUAUAUUUUUAUGAAUGAUGUUUAAUAAUGCUUGAAUGCCAAUGGGUCUAUAAUUUUUACUAGGUCACAUGAAAUCCUCAGAAAAUAUGAUAUAAAUUGUAUCCUGUCUUGGAUUUGUACACCAAAUUAAUUUUCCUCAAAAAUGUUUUUUCGCACAUCACUGCUCAUCAUGUUCAGGUCUGCACUUGGCUUCAUUCUUUUGUACUGUAUCUGAUUUAAUAAUUUGUUCUAAAUGACAGAACUGGCACCCAAGGUGACAACCACUGCCAUGAUAUCAUAUUGAUUGGUAAAAAAUUGAUAUUGAAAAUAUUUGUAUGCAGGAUUUUGAAUUUAGUGUGUGAAUAGAAAGAUGGAUCAUCUCUACUAAGUAGAUUAGUGUUGGCAGUUUGUAGUUUGAGAAAAUUCAUAGAAUAUUUAUCAUUAUCUUUAUCUUUCUGUCUAAGAUGUCGUGAACUUAAAGUGCAUUCAUGUACAUACUAGAAAUUAAAGGUAAAAAUUUAGAAGUUUUUCUCAAUGGUUGUGCUUGCAUAAUGAUAGUAUAUAUUGACAGUUACAGAUUUAUUACGAGUAUAUAUUAAAACAAAUUUCAUUAAAAUCAUUUGUGUUGACAGUUGCAGAUUUA